AUGGCCUUUCCACCGUCCGCUGGAUUUACUUGGAUCUCCAAGACUCACAAUGACACCUAUCCAACCAUCACAGCGGCCAAGUGUAAGCAGCAUGGACGAGCCGUCUUCGUGACCGGCGCAUCGAAGGGCAUCGGCCGCGUGACAGCGGUUGCAUUCGCUCAAGCCGGCGCGCCCUCCCUUGCGCUCGGAGCACGAUCCUCCCUCGACGCCGCUGAGACGGCGGUGCUCGACGCCGCGAAGUCCGCGGGCCAUCCGCCGCCGCAGGUCCUCAAGCUGACACUGGAUGUCGCGGAUGAGCAGAGUGUGGCCGAUGCAGCCGCCAGGGUCGAACGGGCGUUCGGCCGUCUCGACAUCCUGGUGAAUAAUGCCGGCCGGGUCGAAAAAUGGGUCCCGCUUGCGGAGACGGAUCCCAAGUCCUGGUGGGCGACGUGGGAGGUCAACCUCAAGGGCACGUACCUCAUGACGAGGGCCAUGCUGCCUCUUCUUUUGAAGGGCGGCGAAAAGACCAUUGUCAAUAUGAACUCCAUCGGCGCCCACCUGACCCGGCCUGGUGCCUCGGCCUAUCAAACCGGGAAAUUGGCGAUGCUGCGCUUGACGCAGUUCACUUGUGUGGAGUACGCAGCCCAGGGCGUUUUGGCCUUUGCCAUUCACCCAGGCGCCGUGGAUACCGAGUUGGCGUCCAACUUGCCCGAAGACACCAAGGCAAAGUUGGUGGAUUCGCCGGAAUUGUGCGCCGACACGAUUGUCUGGUUGACGCAGGAGAAACAGUCCUGGCUGGCCGGACGCUAUUUGAGUGCCAACUGGGAUGUAGCAGAGUUGAUGGCUCGGAAGGAGGAGAUUCUCCAGGGCGACAAGCUCAAGGUCAAGUUGGUUCUGUAG